ACCGGAAUUUAUCGGAUUAUACGACACUGCUUUUAAGGUUUUAAACUUACAUUUACUUGUAUGUCUGUGUGUCGAACUUCCGGUGUUUUGUGCUCGCAUCGUUUCACUUUUUUUCAAGUUUAUGUCUGAAAAUGCCAAAAUACUACUGUGACUACUGCGACACCUAUCUCACACAUGAUUCACCAUCAGUAAGAAAAACACAUUGCAAUGGAAGAAAGCAUAAAGAAAAUGUCAGAUUAUAUUACCAGAAGUGGCUAGAAGAACAAGUACAAAAACUUGUAGAUGACACAACGGCAGCAUUCAAAGCAGGUAAAAUAGCAUCCAACCCAUUCCAGUCGGGUGCUCCGGGUGGUGCCAUGAUACCUCCUCCAGCUGCAGGUAAACCUGGAGGACCUCCUCAGGGCCCAAUGCCCAUGGGAGGGCCCAUGCCUGGUGGGCCAAUGCCACUAAUGGGUCCACCAGGGGGACCUAUGGGUAUGAUGCCAGUUGGGAUGCGGCCUCCAAUGGGCCCAAUGAUGGGACCCAUGGGUCCUAUGAUGAGGGGGCCAAUGAUGGGACAACCAAGAAAACCAAUGAAAUGAUCACCCAUAGGAUGUGUGUGGUAGCUGAGGACAUUAGCGUGUGUGGAUGGUGUGAUGUGUGAGGACUCGUGUUGAAAGUGAUCCUGUUUCAUCUUGUGUUUCUGACUGUGGAGCAUGUGUUGACAGGGGAGAAAAUGUACACUUUAUACAUGUUCUACAUGUAGUUAAAUGAUGUGUGACUGGUUAAAAUGAAUUUGUCAGUUUUUAUCUUUUUUUUGUGUGUAUGUAAAUACAAUGUCAUCAAAAUAAAAUUUAAAAGAACAUUG